GGCAUCGUGGCACUGGGGAUGCGGCCAUGCUGCGGCUGCUGGUGGCCAAUGCCCACAUCCCCGGGGCCACCGGCUCCGGGCCUGGGCUACACGUGUCUGCCCGCUUCAGAGGCGUCCCCAGGAGCACCCGGGUGGUGCCAGAGGAGCACAGCCCCACAUGGAAUGAGACACUGGCAUGGCCACUGGGUGCGCGUCCCCUACGCCCCACGGCCAGCCUGAGCCUGCGCCUGCGGCACUGGGGCCAGCCGGCAUCCCGGGGGGACCUGGGUGCCGCCACGGUGUCACUGGACCAGUUGGUGGCCAACCCCAAGCUGCCGCUGUCCCUAAGCCAAGUCCCGCUGCUGGACCCCAAGGGGCAGCCCACAGGGAGCACCAUCACCCUUCACUGCUCCUACGUCCCCCACGGCAAGGCUGGAUGUGCCAUGGUCCCCGUGCAACGAUGGGUGCCACCACCAACAGUGUCACCGGUGCCACCCAUGCACCCUCCCAGCAAGCCUCCUGCAGGGAGUAAAGAGGAGUUCCAGGUACGGGUGAGGAUCAUCGAGGGCCACCAGCUCCAGGGCAACAACAUCAAGCCGGUGGUGACGGUCUCCAUCGGCCAGCACCGCUUCAGGACCAGGAUCCGUGUGGGGAACAACCCCUACUACAACGAGGUGUUUUGCCAAAGUUUCCACCAGGCACCGGAGCAGCUGCUGAUGGAGCCCAUCCGCAUCCAGGUGCUGGACUCCAAAGCCAUCCGCUCCAAAGCCAUCAUCGGCGUCUUCCAGCUGGACGUCGGCGCCGUCUACCACGCACCGGGUAGGUGGGAGGGUUGGGGUGACGGCAGGGUGACACUGAGGUGA